AAACAUUAACAGUUAAUUCUUCACCCACAACCAAAGCUGAUAAAAAAAAAAAAACAAUAAUGACGUCGCCUGACGCUCCCUUCGUGCUGGACUCCAACAACCUGUGGCUGGUCGGCAGCCCCGACGGCACGAUCGCCGUGCUCGGCGGCCCCGACGUAGCGUACCUCAACACCCGCGACGUCACCGGCGACGUCAGCAAGUGGGCGGAGGCGGCUCGCAUCGGCCCCGCCACCACCCACCGUUCACUGGAACUCUUCGGCGUCGUAUUCAGCGGGCAGAAGCUGGAGGAGCUGCGGAAGAAUCUGUACGACCACCAGGUGACGGUCAACAGGGAAGGAUUCAUGGUCCAGUGGCUCAACCUCAGCGGCGGCGGCGGCGAUAAUAAGGAGCCCAACGAGGGCAGCCUCUACCGCCGCCUGAACGACCUCUUCGACUGGUCCAGCCACGCCGUGAAGGUCCCCGCUCCGGUCCAGACGGAGUGGGACCGGUACCAGCUCGGCAGCGGGGAGCUGAUGGCGGAGGUGUCGGGGCUGGCCCAGCUGCCGGUUGUCGUGGUGGAGCUGGAGGAAGAGAACCAGACGCUUCGGGACGAGAAGGACGUGGAGAUCCGUGAGCUGAAGAAAGGCGGCGGCGGCGGCCAGGAGCAGUCCGCCGCCAAAGAUAAGAUGAUCGCUGCACUCAGGGAUGCUCUCAAGCUCUUCCUCUAAAUCGAUGGAACUGCAUGCUGUGUUGGGAUGAAUAGCUUUGAAAAGCUAUAAUAAAAUUCCUAAUUAAUUAUCCAUCUUAAUUUCGUAUUAAGAUGCUAUCAAUAAUAGAACACAUAAGAUGCUGUCGUUCCGGUUUCAUCCCUAUCCCAUGCUUGCUGAAUCUAUCUAUCUGUGUGUGUAAUGUGUUGUGUAUUUAAUUGGUAGCAUGCAUUGCUGAGUUGCCAAUUGAUUAAUAAAAAGUUACAAGUGUC